UGAAUGCCAAGUAGGAAAGGGUAUUUAAAUAGGAGAUUACUUCCUGUUUGUUGAUGGAACUAAUAUCGUCAGAGUUCGGCAAAAGCAAGGAUAAUCGUGAAGAGGUUAACUUGAGGAAAUUGUAAUCAGAUUCUUUGGCAAGUUCCUCUUAAUGUAGCAGCCGCCUCAAGUACAAUGCCUUCAUCCAACCAUCGCAGAAACAGUCGCAGUUGUGGUAGGCCGUCGAGCAGUCGCACGACAGUGUUGCCAGCAUCAGGCAACAGCAACAACGAGUCUUCCAAAAAUGGCAACAUCCGAGUCGUGGUGCGGAUACGGCCUCCUAGCUCAGCGGAGCUGGACAGUGGGUCUGGGUCCAGACCGAUAGUUCAGAUGCUGGACGAGAAAGUCCUGCUCUUUGAUCCCAAGGAGGACACCGCUCCGAGUUAUUUCCACGGUCGCCGCCUGGCCAGACGUAACUUCAUGCAGCGCAAGAACAAGGAUAUGAAGUUUGCAUUUGAUCAUGUCUUCGGAGAAGGAGUUAGCCAGCAGUAUGUCUACGAGAACACGACCAAGACGAUCGUGGACAGCGUGCUGGCAGGCUACAAUGCAAGUGUGUUUGCCUAUGGAGCCACGGGGGCUGGCAAGACCUUCACUAUGCUGGGCGGGCCGGAUUACCCCGGGGUCAUCUUCCUGACCAUGGUGGACCUCUACCGACGGAUCGGGGAAAUCGCCAAGGACAAGCUGUGCGACGUUGCUGUUUCCUAUCUCGAGGUGUAUAAUGAAAACAUCCGUGACCUGCUAGCCCCGUCUGGUCUGCUAGCCCUCAGAGAGGAUCCGCAACAGGGAGUCGUGGUCAGUGGACUGACACUUCACAAGCCCAGGAGUGCGGAGGAGCUCCUCCGCAUGUUGGAGUUUGGCAACGGCAACCGGACACAACACCCCACAGACGCCAACGCCCAGUCCUCAAGAUCGCACGCCGUCUUCCAGGUUUUCGUCAGGCAGAAGGACCGGACGGCCAACAUCAGCACCAAUUUCCGCAUCGCCAAGAUGUCGCUGAUCGACCUGGCCGGCUCAGAGCGGGCCACCGUCACCACCAACCGGGGCGCGCGCUUCCGCGAGGGCGCCAACAUCAACCGCUCGCUCCUGGCGCUGGGCAACUGCAUCAACGCCCUGGCUGACGGAAACAAGAGUAAAGGUCAGCACAUCCCCUACCGGAACAGCAAGCUCACCAGGCUGCUGAAGGACUCCCUAGGGGGCAACUGCCAGACGGUCAUGAUCGCCGCCAUCAGUCCAUCCGGCUUGACCUACGAGGACACGCUCAACACGCUCAAAUACGCCAGCCGGGCCAAGAACAUACAGACCAAGCUGAAACAGAACGUUGUGAACGUGGACCUGCACAUCAGCCACUAUGCCCAGAUUGUGGAGGAGCUGCGAACAGAGGUCUCUGAACUCAAAUCGAAGCUGCAGAAAUAUGAGUCGGGUGUCGUCAAAGUUGACCGGUCCGUGCCCGCACCCGUAGCCAACGAAGAAGAGAUUCACAGGUUUCAGUCGGAGCUGCAUAAAGUCUUCGUUCAGCGAGGCAGCAUCCGCAAGGAGCUCUUGGAGUUGGAGUCCUCGGACCGACAUCUGACGGUCAUGAUCAGCCGCAAGCAGACCAUGGUGGAGAGAAUCCGGCUGGCCUACGGGGAGUCAGCCCAGGGCGACAAGACAAUGGGCCGUUUUGAGCGGCAUAUAGCUGCAUCCAAUGCCCGGCAGACACGGCUCAGAGAACGCAAGCCGGCUGUGGAGGGGCGCAUCAGUGCCAACCAGGAGUGGCUGGAGAAGGUCAAGGGUCAAAUGAAGGCCGACGGAGAGAUGCCUGCUGUGUUGCAGGAGAGUCUGCGGACCAGACACCUUGAGAUCGAGCUGAGAGACUGCCGCCGGCAGAUCAAGCACCUGAAGCGGUUUGCCCGUCAGCAGGAGAACCACCAGCAGAGCUCAGAGAGGUUGAUCGUGAGCCUGCUGGCAACCGUCCGCAGGCAGUUCUUCCUACUGAAGGGAUCGGGCUUGGCCACUUCGGACGUCGCCGCAGAUUUUGAAGCCAUCCAGAAACAGGUGGAAGGGGACCGCGAGGUUGCCUGGGCCGACCAGAGCGUGUCGGAGGGGUCAGAGGUCAAACCCAGCGGGGUCACUGAGCAUCUGGAUCUGAAUUACCUGCUGGAACUGCCGAUCAUGAAAUGUGUCGACACUACCCCUAAGGUAGUACCCUCAAAAUCACCGAGGAAAAAUCUGGGGCAGAGGUCGUCACCUCGUACUCCGGCCAGACGCCAGAACACACCAUCAAAGAACCAGAACCCGGUACUCUUUGAACGAAUGCCGACGCCAACGCAAAACAGAUCGCCGACGGCUGACCGAGCACGCCCCCAAACCCCGAGAGCAGCCACGCCCUUUGCCAGGAGGGGCGAUGCAAACCCCGACAUCGACAUCUUCCAGCCAAUUGGCAGUGCUGUACGGCACACCCCGAGCGUGGGCGCUGUCACCCGCAGCACCGAGAAUGGGAGGACUCCGAUCGUUUGCAACACCAGGUUUGGACCAGGGGUGCCACAGCGCAUUGGCCAGACAGUGACCAAGAAACAAACAGACCAACCCGAUCUUCUGUCGCAAACAGCCGAAGAACCGAAAUGCAACCUGACGGAAACAUUUGAAACGGAGGGUGUCGCGCCCUUACAAUCCCCGGCCACCAAUGCUACAAUGCAAUCAAAGCCUACCGACAAUGCCAGCAUGGACAAUUUGCACAAAAUUGAGACUGACCAACUGGGAUCAUCCUCCCUCAACACCACAUUUUCCACGGAAGGCUCAGAGUCAACUCAUCGCAGCACCUAUCAGGGUCCGGACAAACCGGUUGCCAGGGCGAUAUCCUUUGACUCGGAGAAUGCUCUGCCAAACCUGAAGAUCAGCCCAGUCACAGGUAAAGGUCACGUCAUGUCCUAUGCAGAGGCCUUGGCGACCCCACAGAGACUGCAAGUAAAGGACCAACAGAGGGCUCCCCUCGCUGCCUUGACAAACAAUUCCCCCCAGCUGCAGGACAGACGUAGCGAGGCACAGCAUCGAGUCAGCAAUUACGGGCCUACGGAGAACCAAUGCAGUGGGAACCAGUCAACAUCAAAGGCAAAAAGGAGCUGUCAGCGCCGAGGCACAUUCACCAAGCACAUGGCCCCGCUGCACCGCCGCAGCAAGUCCCAAGGAGUCCUCGGCGAACGGACGUUCCCAUUCCACGAGGCAAAGCAUGCAGAGACCCUGCACCGAUUUGGCCUUCCGUCGAUGUCGGACCAGCCCACAGCUCUUGGUUUGCGAAAACCCACACCAGCAUACAUGUCACUGACAGCGUCAGCAGCAAACAAGCGCAGGAACCAUACCAAGGGGGAAAGGCUUAACUCAACGCAAGAAAACCAGCCCCCACUGAGCUUCAGAGGACCGGUGCGUCUCCACAGGACAGAGAGCAUGAUCAAACCGGCUGUGAGAAUACCGACUUUCAGCAAGAGUAGAUCCGUCAGCAACCUGCACAGAAAGAUCAUCAACCCUUGAAAACAAGUGAUGUUGGUCAGCUUCCUGAGACAAGCGGUAGUUGCCACACCUCAGGCUCUGCAGCUUACAGAACUGCUUUUCAGCUGUUUGCUUGUUUAAAAAAUUAGCCAAGUACAAGCUACAAAUUGCUGAAGUUUUAUGAUCCAUGCUAGUGAGAAGCCCAAAGUGGCUGCAAGCCGAAUAUCUGUCUCAUAAUUAUGUACAGAAUGUAAAAUGAUAACAUCUUUAAAUUGUGUAUACGUGUAGACACAGAUGAGCUACGUAAUACGUCAAGUUUCAUUCUCAUGUGCCAUGUAAGCAACCAGUGUUCUGAAUUUUCUUUGUUGAUAUUGGGUAUAUCGUGGAAAUGUAAAUUUUUCUUUUUUUUUAAGGGAAGAGGGUUGGUUUGUUUGAUGUGGAGUAAAGGUGAUUGUCAAAAGGAAGGAUUAUUGGAUCUGGUUGAAAAAUUAGUUCUCUUCAAGUUAAACCGUAAAUUGCUUUUCUUUUUGGCCUGAGUAAUCAAAUUUGACUGAAAUUGUUAAUCCAUUUGCACACUGCUGGCACAAACAUGUAAAAAAAUUAAUUUCAAGUGAGAAAACAACGGACUUGCUUCUGUGUAUAUCUGCCAUUAAAUUUCCAGAAAGAUAAAGAAACUUUGGCAGUUUUUGCCCUAUCCUUAAUAAACUUGUACAGAAUCCUCAUAGGCUUCUCACUGCUCAAUUCUUUUGAACACAAAAAAAUGUCAAACCACAGGGAAUUUUGUCUGUACUGCCCUUUAAAGUUAAACACCAGGUGAGAACAAGUUUUGGUGCACUCGGCAUCUUACCUUGAACUUCUCAAGGUAUACAACAGUUGACAUGAAAAAGAUUUAUUGUUUGUUUUACCGCAAACAAACUCACCCAAGAAGUAAAAUCAUCAGUCUUCUGUGCGUUCUCCUGAAUACGUCCAAUACAUGUGUUUUAUUCAGGGCAUUUUCAUAAUGGAAAAGAAAAAAUCUAGGGAAUGCUAGAUGACAAAUCAACUGCAAAGACUCAGCUGGUAUCAGCACAGGCAAAGAAAACGAAAAGAUCCGAGGCGGUUAUUGGCCACAAAAAAAGCUGCUAAAACUCACAAAAGCUGCAUAUUGACAAUUGAAGUACUGGGAACAAAGAAACCAAUAAAUACCAACGCCACGUCCAAGAAACAGGAACGGACAUCUUAGAAUGAAAAUGUUACUCCUAAAUCGAAAUUCCUCAUCAAAGUAUCAAAAUUAAUAUGACAAACUUACGUUAACUAAAUUAUAUAAAUGUUUAAUGUCGCUCUGGGACUCCUUCAAUUCUCUUGAUUUCAUCAGAUUUUUACUGGCUUUAUAAAACAAUACAUGUAUUUCGUACAAAGAUCUUCAAUUUAGGGCUAAAUACAAAAGUCAGACACGAUUAAAUAAUCUGUAUUUUUAGAUAAAGAGUAUAAGUUUUUUUCUUCAAGGGCAACACAUGUACAUCUAUUAAGGCAAUACAUAAGUAUACAGAAAUAUUUUAAUAGUCAUAAUACAAUUUUAUUAUCAUAAUAUAUCUGACUAUUAAUAUUUUCUUGGAGUGAUAGAAUCUCCAUUGGCUAGAGACUGAAUAUCCUGGUCAUUGGGUACACCGAAAUUAUCGCGAUACAAAGGCAGUGCAUCGCCUGUAACAUACAACCCCCCCCCAAAAA